AUGAAAUGGACUUGCUUGGGAGCCAAACGACUUGAAGCAAAUACUUUGCUGGUAAAAUCUCGGUAUCCCGCUCUACUUACCACAUUUCCCCACAAACUUCAACCGCUGCUCCAACUACAGUUUCGCCAGUAUCGAAACGACCCGGCAGCCGGUGGAGAAUGCGUAGUCGAGACAAGACCGGAGGCCUUACAUGCUCGGGCCGUUAAAGGAGGUCCCUUUUGCUGCACUAGUGAUUCUUCAAUCAACUAUCUUUUGAGUCUUUACUCGAAGUCGGCAGAUUUCACCAAUGCACACAAGCUGUUCGAUGAAAUUCUCGACAGGGACGUGCGCACUUGGACUAUCCUGAUCUCGGGUUUCGCUCGAAAUGGAGCGCACCAGGAUGUUAUGGAACAGUUUCGGAGAAUGCAACUUGAGGGUGUUACGCCGAAUCAAUUUACUCUGGCAACCGUUUUGAAGUCCUGCUGUAGCUUGUAUGAGCUGAAUGCUGGGAAAGGAAUUCAUGGUUGGAUUUUGAGAAAUGGGGUUGUCUUCGAUGUUGUGCUGGCGAAUUCAAUUCUUGAUCUUUACGUCAAAAGCGGGGCUUUCAGCUACGCGGAAAGGUUAUUUGGGGUAAUCCCGGGGAAAGAUACAGUGUCGUGGAAUAUUAUGAUUGGUGCCUAUUUGCAUCUUGGGGAGGCAAGGAAGUCCCUUGAAUUGUUUGAUAGUUUGCAGUCCAAGGACGUUGCAAGUUGGAAUACCAUUGUAGAUGGGCUAAUAAGGUGUGGAUGCGAAAGCAUUGCCGCGGAAGUGCUUUAUAGGAUGGCAGAACAUGGACCUGAAUUCAAUGCUAUAACAUUCUCUAUAGGAUUGAACUUGGCUUCCUGUUUAUCAGUUUUGCAACUGGGGAAGCAAAUUCAUGGCAAGGUUCUAAGACAUGGGAUAGAUGACAGUGGCUUCAUAACGAGUUCGCUUAUAGAUAUGUAUUGCAAAUGUGGUGAUUUGAGAUUGGCUUCCAUUACAUUCGAACAAAUGUGCCACGGUUUCCCCCCAGUAGAUGCAAUGGCAAGGAGAGUUUCAUGGAGCUCGAUGGUGUCUGGUUAUGUAAAGAAGCGUGUGUACAUCUGUGCUUUCCAAACAUUUAAGUCCAUGUUUGAGAAAAAGGUUGAGGUGGACAUUUAUACACUCACCAGCAUCAUUUCUGCCUGUGCUGAUACUGGCAAUUUGGAGCUGGGGAGACAGAUCGAUGCACAUGUUCAGAAAGUUGGGCAUAAAGUGGACGCUCAUUUGACUUCAUCAUUCAUCCACAUGUACUCCAAAUGUGGCUGUCUGAAUGAUGCUAUAAACAAGUUCAAUGAAAGCAACGACGAUACGAAUGUUGUAAUCUGGACUUCGAUGAUAUAUGGGUUUGGCUUACACGGACGUGGGUUGGAAGCUGUUAGACUCUUCGAUCUCAUGUUAAAAGACGGUAUCAUCGCUCCAAAUCUUUUUUCAUUUCUGGGUGUUUUAAAUGCUUGCUGCCAUACCGGGUUGUUUGAGCAUGGUAUCAGAUAUUUCGAGUCGAUGCAAAAAGUUUACUGCUUGCAACCAGGUGUUGAACACUAUACUUGCAUGGUCGAUCUCUAUGGCCGAGCAGGUCGCUUCGAUGAGGCAAAGAGAUUCAUCGCUGAAAAUGGCAUCUCACAUCUCUCUGCUGUCUGGAAGUCACUUUUGUCAUCUUGCAGGCUCCAGAAAAAUUCCGAGACGGGUAAGUGGGCCUGCGAAAGACUACUCGAACUGGAGCCGCUUGAUUCAGGUUCUUACGUUCUUUGUUCAAACAUGUUCGCUGCCGAUGAUCAUUGGGACGAGGCAGCUGAAGCAAGGAGUUUGAUGCUCCAGAGCAUAGUUAACAAAGUCCCUGGUCAGUCUUGGAUCUAA